GUUUGCGUCACGCGAAAGAACUCUUCCUUGUUUUCAGAAUGGCUUUGUAAUAACGCAUGUGGAACGCAAGUACGCAUUUAUUUAGAAGUAUUUCCGAUUCUUUAAUAGAUAAUAUAUGAUUUCGAGUGUAAGCCACUUACGUAUUUUAGAAGCUAACAUUCACGAUGGGUUUACUUACGAUUUUAAAGAAGAUGAAGCACAAGGAGCGCGAAAUGCGACUACUGAUGCUAGGGCUUGACAAUGCUGGGAAAACAACCAUCCUGAAGAAGUUCAAUGGCGAAGAUGUCAGCACUAUUUCUCCAACGUUGGGAUUCAACAUAAAGACACUCGAGCAUAGGGGGUUUAAUCUGAAUAUCUGGGAUGUGGGAGGUCAGAAAUCAUUGCGAUCGUACUGGAGGAAUUAUUUCGAAAGCACAGAUGGACUGGUGUGGGUAGUGGACAGUGCCGACAGGUUGAGAAUGGAGGACUGCAGAAGAGAGUUGGAUGUUUUGUUACUAGAAGAGCGAUUAGCAGGAGCCACUCUACUAGUGUUUGCCAACAAACAGGACCUGCCUGGUGCUUUAUCAAAAGAUGCCAUACGAGAGGUUUUAUCCCUUGAUGACAUCAAGACCCAUCACUGGUGUAUAGUGGGAUGCAGUGCUGUGACUGGUGAGAACCUGCUGACAGGUGUGGAUUGGCUACUUGAUGAUAUAGCAGCUCGGAUCUUUACAGCUGAUUGAUGGACUGAGCAUUUCAACACAAAUAAUGGACAGUACAAAAGGUUCAUGCUGAACCUGCUUUGUGCAAAUAUAUCUCAGAGACCUACUAGCUGUACAACCAACAGGGUUUGUACAUUUUUGAGUUGCACAACAAAGCUGCUUUCUGUAAAGCUUUUGGCUGCAUGUGAAGUGUUGAGCCUCAAGGAAAUACGAACAAAAUUACCAUACGCUUGCUUUAAAAAAAGUACAUUUUCCAAGUUAAUAAUAUAUGUAGUGUUUGGUUCAUUGUUUUAUUAAACCUGAAAAAUGUUAACAUCA